AAGGCUGCCAGGAACGACAGGAAGGGAGGCGCCUGGGAGGCCCUUUUGAGAAAUUCAGCUGAGUCCGCCUUCAACAAGAAACCCUAGGGUUGGACGUCUUGAUCAGGUUUGUCCUGGAAGAAAAUGGACGCCAGCACGGGGAGCAGCUCUUUGGAGCACCCGCAGCGGCAUCCGUUGGGGUGGGAGAAGCUGGAGGGUGCGCCAAUCUACUUGGACUACAAUGCAACAACGCCCAUAUCGCCUGAGGUAUCGGCCGCCAUGCUGCCGUUCCUCCAGGGCUUUGGCUGGGGCAAUCCGUCAAGCACGCAUGUCUUUGGAGAGCAGGCCAAGCGGGCUGUUGAGUACGCGCGGCGCCAGGUGGCGGACCUCAUAGGCUGCGCAGAGGAUGAGGUGUUCUUCACAUCGGGCGGCACCGAAUCCAACAACUGGGCCAUCAAGGGCGCCGUCGAGGCCGCCCUCGCGCACCUCCCCCCGGGACGCCGCAGCGGCCCCGCGUUUCGCCUGGUGACGUCAGCAGUCGAGCAUCCCGCCGUCACGGAAGUAAUGGAGCAUUUGCGUGACUCCAGGGGGUUCGACUUGCGGGUUGCGCCUGUCGAUUCACAGGGGCUGGUGGAUGCGGAUGCGGUGAUUGCGGCCGCGUUUGGGGGGGCCGAAAGCGGAGAUUUGGGGCGGCUUGAGAGUGUGACGUCAGCGGAUGAUUCCUUCCAACACAGUGAAGCGUCGAAGGUGACAAAUGGAAUCAAAGAGGAGGGCCAAGCCCCAGAGUCAGUAGAGGUUGCCAAGGCAAUAAUGACCGACAGAAGUGCAGUGGAAGAAACAAGCACGACUGGAGUAGAGACGGAGGGGGCAGAAAAGGCGGGUCCAGUGAAAGUUCUAAACGGCGUCUUUGACGCAAAGGUUGACGGAAAGGUUGACGGGGUGGGACAAGGAAACGGUCAGGCAUCACAAACGCUGAUUGUUUCGAUCAUGCAUUCAAACAACGAAGUGGGGGCGAUACAGCCGAUCGCGGAAAUUGGGCGGGCGUUGCGGAAAGCGGGAGUGGUGUUCCAUACGGACGCGAGUCAAAGUAUAGGGAAGGUGCCCAUCAAGUGGGACGAGCUGGAAGUGGACCUGCUGACGAUAGCAGGGCAUAAGCUGUACGCCCCUAAGGGGGUCGGCGCGCUCAUCGUCCGGCGAGGCACGCGGCUGGCGAAGCUGAUGCACGGAGCGGGGCACGAGCGCGGGUUCCGGGCGGGGACGGAGAACAUCAUGCUCAUCGCGGGGCUGGGCAAGGCGUGCGAGGUCUCCCGACGGGACAUGGCCCGGAACGUGGCCCACGUAACGGACGUCCGCGACCGGCUGCUGUCCCGGCUGCAGCAGAACCUGGCGUCCGGCUUUCAGGGCAGCAAGCGGCUCGCCCUCAAAGUCAACGGACCCAUUGACGCCGCGAAGCGCCUGCCCAGCACCCUCAACAUUUCCAUGUCCGGCGUCGACGGCCCGCGCCUCCUCGCCGACCUCGCGCCUCUAGUUGCCUGCAGCGCCGGCUCGGCUUGCCAUUCAGGGGGGCACGGCUCGCCUGUGCUCAAGGCCAUGGGCGUCCCCCCCGAAUUUGCGGCGUGCACUCUGCGCUUGUCAGUUGGGCGGGAAACGACCGAGGAGGAAGUGGAUGCGGCAGCGUCGUGCAUCUCUGAAGCAAUCAAAAAGCAGCAUGAGUUUGAGCUGCCCACCAUUGCGGUCCCGGAUUCGUUUGUCAGCUUGUUCCGGCAGCUGAGCUACUCAAUGGGCAGUCCUAGUCCCAAAAAGGGGGGGUAACUCAAAUCGGGGCCUGGUCAGAGAAUGAAAAUUGCUCGAUUGGUUGGUCGAUUUGCGCAGCGAAUUGGCUGUUGUGAGCGAGGGUUGGAAAGCGGGACUGGCUGACUUGAUUAUCAGACUCCUCACACAUACUGGGGGCCUGCUAGCUGUUGUGUUAGUGAUCAGCACGAUUGCCUUGAUAGGUACAACUGCUACUAACCAACAAUACAGACGAACCGUUGAGAAUCACGAACAACAGUGCUGAAUGUAGCUUUACGUAACUUAUACGUUAUGUUGUUCUGGUUUAGAUCCUUGUUCUAAAAGACGAACUACGUACUGUAGAUUUGGGACAUUCUGAAGCUAGCGUCUUUGACUACUUGUAAGAGGCCAGCAUACUGUUCGCAAGUCGAGUGUUGCAAGAUCAUUAUAUAUUCUCUCGUUCCAUAAAGGGGACCGUCAUUUUCGGCGUCCAAUUUUUUUAGUAUUUCUGGAUCGUUUUUGCUAGCAUUGUCUGUGAUCG